AUGACCGAAAACCCAUUUCGAAUCGUAAUACAAGAUAAUCCAAAUUUCAUUCGUUAUUGUUUAGCGAUGAGUAUUUUAUGUACUGCCCCACUUCGAAAUUGCGAACGUGACGAAUUUAUUAAAUUUUGUCAGGGAAAUAAUCUCUUACAAUAUGUAUCUCAAUUUGAUCUUCACUAUCGUCCAGAUGAGACCAUUCAAUGGUAUACUCGACCAUCUGGUUUUCCAUCAAAAUUUGUAAAUACUAUUUGUCGCACGCAACACCCUCUGUUAAUAUCGAAAGUCCGAUAUUAUCUGAAGCACCUUCAUGAACAUCUGACACGACUUUAUCAAGAUAGUCUGUUUUGGAUACCACAGUUUAUCAUUGUCUAUCGUGGUCAAAGAUUUUCAUCAGCAGAAUAUCAAAAAUUAGUUCAAUAUAAUGAAAAACCUAUUUUAACAACAACAUAUCUUUCAACAACAAGUGCUUAUAAUAUAGCUGUCGAAUUUUCUGGUUAUAACAUUCGCUCCAAUGCUUCAUUACAAGAUGAAAUAUCAGUUAUUUUUAAAAUUGUAAUACAAACCAAAAAUACUCGUCUGAAACCGUUCGCAUAUAUUCAAGAAUAUAGUCAUGUCAGAGAUGAAAAGGAAAUAUUAAUAUCGAUGGGAACAAUAUUUUCAUUUGUAAAUAUAUACAAACGAGGAAUUUUAUUAAUUCAUGGUCAAAGUGAAGAAGAAAUGGAAAAGAAAAUAUUAUAUAAAGCAAUAGAAUCAUACGGUAAUGAAAGAACAAUGACAAUAGGUAAUGUUUUGAUAUCGAUGAAUAUUCCUAGUACACUGGACGAUGAUUUUUAUUGUCGACCACUGACAUCAUUAUUAGAAGAAUACUUACAAAUUAAACCAGAAAAUAUUGUCAAUUCAGUUUCGACAGAAUCUCAAAUAAUGACUAUACAAGAUUGGCCUGAGGGUGUAACUAAUGAUCAUUUAAUUAUAUGGGUCGAUACUUUUAUUGGUGAAAAUAAUACUUGUAUUGAGUUCAAAGAUGCAUUAGCCAAUGCAAUAAACCUCAUCAAGGAUGAGAUCGAUAGAUUAAUUGUAAAUAAUGAAAUUUAUCCUCUCAGAAGAGAGUUGAUUACUCUUCGAACUAUUGAAGAAUGCUUAGAGAUGAUUGACAUAAAUCGUGAUAAAAAAAUAUUUUUAAUUACUUCCGGUUCAUUAGGUCUACAACUUGUACCUCGUGUAUUAAACACUUUUCCAUGUGUGGAAAAAAUUUAUAUUUUUUGUGGUUACAUUCGCGGCUUGGUAGAUUGGGCGAUGGAUUUUACUGAUAAAUUACUUAUGUUUGAUUUUCCCAAUGAUUUAUUUGCACGUGUAGUAUAUGACAUUGGUAUGUAUUACAUGGAACGAGCAAUAAACUUUAGUAAUUCAAACGAACAUAUAAGUGCAUUAUAUUAUCUAUAUUAUUGUAAAACGUUAGUAAUGCGAACGAUUCAUAUUUUUCAUUCAUAUUUAUGGUUUAGUUUAACACCAAUUGACGAAUAUAUUGCCAUGGAAGAAAGUCUAUUACCUAAGGAUAUGGUACAGCAUGUACGUCAUAAUGUUCAACAUGUUUGA